ACAAGCGGAGGGAGCAAAAUGGCGGACGAAGAUAUUACGCUUGAUGGAAAACCUCUACAGUCGCUCCGAGUUGCGGAUUUGAAAGCCGCUCUGGAGCAAAGAAACCUCCCAAAAAGUGGGCAGAAAAACACACUCUUGAAGCGGCUCAAAGGGGCACUGAUGCUGGAAAAUCUGCAGAAGUCCUCUUCCUCCAACAGUGGGCUGCAGCCGAAUUCUCAGAUCGGGGAGGAAAUGUGCCAGAACAGCUUUAUAAAACAGUAUCUGGCCAAGCAGCAAGAGCUCCUUCGUCAGAGGCUGGAGAGGGAAGCCCAGCAAGAAGAAGAAGCUGAUGAAAGCCCAGGUGGACCAGAGGAAGAUGAAGAUCAUUCUGAAGACAACGACAACUGUUCGUAUGUCUCCAAGCAUCGAACCAUGCUGCCCCAGUCCUUCAUUGCCAAGCCUGGUUUUAGAGGAGAAGAGUCUAUGAUUGGUCAUGGCUCAGGUCCCACUAUGCAGCACCAGGAGUCCGCUGAGGCUCCAGGACCUCGGAUGCAGCGAGGACAAGGACAUAAAGAGCCACCAGCCCCUUCCCCUCCUCGUGCUGUUGCCUCCCUGUCAGUGCGUGUUCUGGGACAGCCAGGUUGUCAGGUACUGCCCCCUGCUGUACCACCAAGCCAGGAGAAGGAGAGCACAGCCCCAAGUGAACUGGGAUCAGCUCAUUCUAUCCUCCACUUCAGUCGAUCUGCCAGGAGUUCUGCAGGAAAUCAUGUCCAUGAUGACAGUGAUGAUGAAGAUGAUGAUGAUGAGAGUGAUAAGGAUGAGGACUGGGGACCUGCUCAAGGCAGGGGACAAAGAAGAAAGAAAGCUACUGCCCCAAUGCUGCAGAUGGCCCCCAGUGUCCCACUAGCAGCUGCAAGAUCUAAACGCAAGCUUCAACCUCCUCAACAUAUCCCACCAGCACAAGCCCAUCAUGCACCUUUGCAGCUGCGUCACCCCACACCUCCUCCCUCUCCACCCCCUAACUUGUUCCCUUUACCUGACACUCCCAAACAAAGCCCACCUGACACAGAUGAUCAGGAAGGAGAAGGCCCAGCCAUGCAGAAACAAUAUUCUGAUUCAAGCUCUCGUUCCAGUAGUCCUGAACUUCCUGGGCUGCGCAAGCCCGGGCCCCUUUCUCUGCUAAUACACAAGAUGGAGUCAGAAGAAGCGACCAGCACUCCUGGUAUGUCAAGAGAGGCACAUCAGUCCACUGCUGGGUGUUCCAGUGAAUCUCCAUUGCAAGGAUCAGCAUCCAAGAGGCAACAAGAGAGUAGAGAGAAGGAGGAAAAGGAGAGAGAACGCCAGCAAGAGCUAGAGAUGGAGAGAAGGAAAAUACAAGAACAGGAAAGACAAAGAAACUUGGAAAAAGAGAAGGAAAAUAAAAGAAAACAACUGGAAGAGGAAAAAACGAAGAAAUGUCUGGAAGUUGAGAAAAGAAGAGAGGAGAAACAGUUAAAAGGGGAAAAGGAACAAGAGAAAGCCUAUAAAGGCAGGGUGGUGGUGUCUGAGGCCCAAGAUACAGGCUCUUCAUCGGAGUCUGACUCCAAAUCAGACUCCUCUUCAAGAUCAUCUCAGUCUUCCUCCUCAUCCGAGGAGAAGACCAAACCUACCAAUCAGCUGAAGAAACGAGACCAGCGAAAAGAGGUGGAUGAUGAGAAAAACUUUAGUAAAGGUUUGGAGAAACAAUAUCCUUCAAAAAGGGAGGUUUCAGAGCCCAGUACAGCCGCCAUUACAGAAGUGGAACCAGACUCGGAGAGCUCCAUGGCUGAGCAGCCAGUCUCCAGUGCUGAACCUGAGAAUAGUGAGAGUCGUCUGGAAGAGAGUACCACUCCUAAGGCUUUUGCUGCUCGCAAGAUAUCCAUAACCAGCAGCAAGGCGUCCCCAGCCACCACAGAUGGAGGAGGAGGAGAGUCUGACAUUGGAAAUGCUGCGGGGAGGAAGAGACGAUGGGGCUCCAGCACUGCUGUCACCGUUAAGAAACCUUCAAUCAGCAUAACCACAGACUCCCUGAAGUCUUUGAUUCCAGACAUCAAAGUGAACCAGGAGGCAGUUGUGGAGCUUCAUCCAGAGGAGCUGCAGUUGUCGGGGGAUGAGGACAACAUGGACACCAGUCGGGCAGACCCGGAUAAAGGCCUCAAAAUCCGACGCACCGUAACGCAGGUUGUUCCAAGUGAUAGCCAGGAAAAUGGCCAAACAAAUGAAGAAGAAGAAGAGGAGGAAGAAGAAGAAGAAGCUGUGGAGAAAAAGGAGAAGGAAAAAGAACACCAGGCUUCCAGAGACAAAAGGAUGAACAGUCUUUCUGAAGAAACCUCAGAAACGCAGAUAUCUGUAAACCUUGACGGAGAGACCAAGAAAGUUACCUCCAGCGAGGGUUUAGUGCGCCGCUCCAUAAGUCAGCAGAAGACUGGUGUGUCCGUCACAAUCGAUGACCCCGUUCGCACAACCAGGCAGCCCUCACCGCCUCGUGGGAAAAUUUCAAAUAUCAUCCAUGUGAAAAACCUUGUAAGACCCUUCACUCUGGUCCAACUGAAGGAGUUGCUGAACCGGACGGGAAGUAUAGUGGAAGAGGGUUUCUGGAUCGACAAAAUAAAAUCUCACUGCUACGUUACUUAUACCACGACAGAGGAAGCAGUCGCCACCAGAACAGCACUCCAUGGAGUCAAAUGGCCUCCCAGUAAUCCUAAAGUCCUUAAUGUAGACUUCUGUGAGCAGGAUGAGCUGGAUUUCCACAAAGGUGUCCUAAAGCCGGAAAAAGAGGAAAAUCUGCCCGUUCCACCGCCAGAAGUUCCUCAGAACCGGCUGCCCCCUCUGAUGCCCGAGCGUGACCGGGACCGAGACCGUGAAAGGGACCGGGAGCGGGAGCGAGACAGGGAACGGGAGAGAGGGGUGCGGGAUCUGUGGGCGGAGCGCCAGAGGGAGAUGGAGCGCCGGGAAAGGGCGCGGGGCGAACGGGAAUGGGACCGGGACAAGAUCAGAGAAUUCGCAAGACCAGGAGAGGAUGGACGACGAUCUAGAUCCAGAGACAGGGAGAGGAGGAGAAGAGAGCGAGCUAAGAGCAAAGAGAAGAAGACUGAUAAGAAAGAGAAGGGAGAUGAACCUCCGGCCAAGAUGCUGGACGACUUGUUCCUCAAGACCAAAGCAGCUCCCUGUAUAUACUGGCUUCCCCUCACUGAGGAGCAGGCGGCGCAGAGGCUCCUAGACCGCACAGAACGGCAAAAAGAGCGCGAGCGAAGGCGCAAAGAGCGAGAGGAGGAGGAGCUCAAGAAACGUGAAGAGGAGAAAAAAGAGAGGCUGAAGGGCCGGGAGAAGGAUGGUAGCGCGGUGGCGGGUGGAACGACCAAGCGAGGAGGCGACGGCGACAGAGAGCGAGACCGCGUCCGCGACCGAGAAGAGGACAAGAGGAGGGACGGCAGCCACCGGUCCAGACGGCCCUCUCCAGGUGCUGGUGGCGGACGGCGGUCUCAUAGUCGGAGCAACCCCAGAGACAGACGCCGCUGAGCACCUGGAGUCUGGGGGGGAAUUGGGGGGAAAAAGGGAGGCAAAGGUGCAGAGGGUGCAGGAUGUCUUCAGAGGGAGCAUUUCCACCGGGCAAAACGUUUGUUUUGCCCGGUGUUCAUUACCACUCCGCUCCUCACUGCUCCAUUGUGCUUUAAUUCGUCCACUUUGAAGCCAGUGUCGUCUUCCACACACUUCUGCCAUUUCCCCCCCGAUCCUUUUUUUAAUUAAUGUUUAAACAAAAAAAUACAUAGUUUCAUUUAUACUUAACCGUCAGUUCGUUUAGCUCCAGUCCACUCUUGUGUUCGUCUUCCAGAAGCACAAUUCAGUCUUUUUUCCCCUGUAGACCUGCAUUUCUCCUGAACACUCGGUAAUACUGUUAAUUCUUUUUUGUCGGUGAAAAGUAGCCGAGGGCGGUUGUUUUCUGGCUCCCCUCGUCAUUUUGUCCCACUGAGGUUUUGGAACCUGUAUAAUUAUUUUAGUUCUGUGGCUACAAAAUUCCUUCUUCCUCGGAGCCCUGUAAUAAAACCUGUCCAAAAUAGAUCCCUGACCAUGACUUCACAUACUUUCAAGGAUAUGGCGUAAUAUACACACAUACAUGCAUAUAUACACACACAACUAAAUUCAGACAGUCCUUGACAAAGUGGAGCUCUUUUUAUUUUGUUUUAUGAUCUUUUUUUUUUUUUUUUUUCCCCUUCUCCCAGUCGUGGAACGUUUUGUUGCAGCUCGUGAGUAAUGUCCUCAUAUCUCAUCGUAGGUGCAAUUGGUCUCAACACUGUACCCUGAAUAAGUUAAAUAGGAAGUGUGCGUCAGAAUGCCCAUUUUUAUGUUUAGACAGUACUUUCGGGGACUUUUGGAAAUGCCUCCUCCGACCCUUUUAUUUAAGGACGUGAAAGUAGAAAGUUUAUCUUCAAAUAGAGUAACUGUUGCAGUUUUAAUAUUUUUAAUUUUAGUUUGCAAGGUUUUUUUUUUUCUCCCCCCCCCUCCAAGUGCUGAAUGUAUCAAGAAUUUAAGAAAUUAAUAAAAAUAAUUGGUUUAUCA